AUGUCUACGCCCUCUGAGACGGCUGCGACUAAUGCAGCAGAGAACGUGGCGAUGAAGCAGGAGGCGUGGAUAAAUUGGCGAACGGCGCAGAAGUCGUAUCGAAAUCGGUCGGGCGCGAGGAUGGGGAUGUCACCAGGUCUUCUUCGUGCGCGACAGCAAUACACAGUCAAGAACGCACUGACCGGCACGGCCAUCGCCGCCUUCAUCGUUGGCGUAUACUUCUACUCUAUCCAGGCCGUCAAACAAGAGACGUUCGAAGACGUUGAUGAGGAGGCGCGUGCGAUGUUCGCCGAGAAUCGGCGUGUUGCGGGUGAAGCCAAGGACGCAGCCAUGGCCAAAGCAGUCGCCACAUCGCCCGCAGCCGUCGUACCCGAGAAACUGGCCGCCGCGCCAAGCACACCGACCAGGAGAGGAGUUUUGUCCCCAGUGUUGGAGAAAGUUCCAGGUCUGCUGGACCCUCAGAGAAAGACCAUCGUGUGGGGUGCACCGUCAGUCGACGCCGUUGGUAGGCUCUCGGACAGGAGGGUCUAG